ACUGUGCGAACAACUGCGUCGUCCGGUUCAGCAGCGUAAACAGAGGUUCAGCGUUUCCAAUGCGGUGGUUCGGAUUUGGCUUCAACGCUUUUGGACAGAUAUUCGUCCCCGAUAAAUUAAUUAAAGGAGAGUGCAGCGACCCUGUAAAGGAGGUUAAAGUGAGUAGUCCAACAGAGCUUAAUGGUCAGGUGGACAGAAGUGGAGGCUGCUUUGAUACUGAUUUUCAAAUUAGAGCAAGUUGGAGUCGAAGAGCAUCUGUGUAUUUGGAUGGUGACAGCUGUGUGUGCCUGGCAGGUUUCGUCUCCACUGAGUCAUGUGGCAGUCCUCUGAAAGAGAGCCGGGGCUGUAAGGAUGCCAUCAUCAGUGAGUCCUACCUGACCCUCGCUUUCUCAGACAGAGUUGAGUCCUGGGAUCUGCAGAAGGAAGAGAAGACUCUAACAUGGAGCAUGGAAAUAAAAACACACUCAGACAGCUCAGGACCCCCUGUGAAUCUCCCAUUGGUCCCUGGUGGUUACAUAGCCACAACACCGCCCCUCUACCGCUCCUUAUCACCACACCUGAGAGCCAAGAGUCUGGCACUGAGUGCAGAGCAUGCCAUCCUUCUCAGUGCCUCUGGAGCUGUGUACACCUGGGGACUGGGCAGCCAUGGUCAGUUGGGGCACGGAGGCCUCACCUCUGAGGACGAGCCCAGGGCAGUGGAGGCACUCUGGGGGAUGCCCAUGAGCUGUAUCGCUACAGGAAGCUGGCACUCUGUCUGUAUUAGUGAUGGGGGUGACCUUUACGUGUGGGGCUGGAAUGAAAGUGGGCAGCUUGGACUUCCAUCACGAGGUCUGAGGAAGGCAGCAGAGCAGCAGAGUAGCCAACAAGCAGGAGAACCACGCCAAGAUGCCCGCACAUCUCUCGCUGACGAGCAGCAGGAGGGAGAGAAACAUGAGGAGGUAUUCAUAUCGAUCCAGGCAUUCCCGGCUCUGCUGGAUAUCACUCCAUCAUGUGAAAUCAAGACGGUCAGCUGUGGCUGCAGACACACAGCUGCAGUAACAACCACAGGUGACCUCUACACAUGGGGCUGGGGGGAGUACGGCCAACUUGGACACCAGAAUUUAAUCAGUUCGGAUGAGCCCCAGCGUGUGGAGUUCUUCAGGGAGCAGCAGAUGUGUGUGGAGGAUGUAGUGUGCGGGGCGUGGAAUACUUUUGCUGCUGUCACCAAGGAGGAAGUAGCUUGAUCAUAAAAAUACUUUGGAAUCCCCUUGAGAGACAUGGACACUGAACUUUGGACAAUGUACAAGGAAGUGUAAAUAUUCACAACAAAAAGACUUUAAAUUAAAUAUAUUUUGUAACAUA